UUUGUUAGUCACCCUGCCCCGCCGUCGUUCUGUCAAGGCUGGCUGAGCCAUUGCUGGUAACUGCUGUUUUAUUGGGUGAAGAUGGCCGCAGGUCCUCUCUCUGUAUCUUCCAACGCAUCAACAAACAACGAUGGCAUUCUUAUUGGUGACAAAGUUUACUCGGAAGUGUACCUUACGAUCGACAAUUCGCUCAUACCAGAGGAAAGGCUCUCUCCUACGCCGUCGAUGCUCGACGGCCUCGACCUGAACACGGAGACCGACCUUCGCAUUCUUGGAUGUGAACUGAUCCAGUCGGCGGGCAUUCUUCUCCGGUUACCCCAGGUGGCAAUGGCAACGGGGCAGGUGCUCUUUCAUCGUUUUUUCUACUCCAAGUCCUUCGUCAAGCACAGUUUUGAGAUUGUUGCUAUGGCUUGCAUCAACUUGGCCUCCAAGAUUGAAGAAGCACCACGACGAAUACGAGAUGUCAUCAAUGUUUUCCACCAUCUGAGGCAGAUCAGAGGCAAAAAGACUCCAAGUUCAUUGAUACUUGAUCAGAACUACAUAAAUACCAAAAACCAAGUCAUCAAAGCGGAACGUCGGGUCCUGAAGGAGCUGGGCUUCUGUGUGCAUGUCAAGCAUCCACACAAGAUUAUCGUCAUGUACCUGCAAGUCCUGGAAUGUGAAAAGAACCAGACACUGGUCCAGACGGCCUGGAACUACAUGAAUGAUAGCCUGAGGACAAAUGUAUUUGUGAGGUUCCAAGCUGAGACUAUUGCCUGUGCCUGCAUAUACCUCGCUGCCCGAGCUCUGCAGAUACCUCUGCCAUCCAGACCUCAUUGGUACCUGCUGUUUGGUGCCAGUGAAGAUGAGAUCAAAGACAUCUGCAUUACCACCCUGAAACUUUACACCAGGAAGAAGCCUAAUUAUGAUCACUUGGAGAAGGAGGUGGAGCGGAGGAAGGUGUUCUUGGCUGAGGCUAAACUGAAGGCCAAAGGCCUUAAUCCCGAUGGUACCCCUGCUCUGUCCACACUGGGUGGCUUCUCUCCUGCUUCCAAGCCCUGCUCCCCAAAUGUGGUUAAGGUCGAAGAGAAGUCCCCGAAUCCCCAGACUCUCAAACCAGUUAAGAAGGAGCCAGACAACCGGGCUCAGGUCAACAAGAGUCCCCACAAUGGGUUAAGGAAAGAGGUGAAGAUAGGGAGGAACAGCAGGAGUGGAAGUCGAUCUCGUUCGAGAACACGUUCACGGUCCAGAUCCCGAUCCCCUCGCAGACAUUACAACAGCAGGCGCAGUCGCUCAGGGACCUACAGUUCUCGCUCACGUUCUCGCUCUCACAGUCGUAGCCCUUCUCCUCGGCGACAUCAGACCUCACCCCUCCUCCCCCACCUCAAGUCCAAGACCAGCCACCAUAGCAGUAGUGACUCCAAGCCCAGUGGACGCCAUAGUAACAGUGGAGGUGGAGGAUCUGGUCACAAGAGGAAGCGCUCGCGUUCUCGUUCAAGGUCCCGCACUCCAGUCAAAGCAGACAGGGACCGGGACAGAGAGAGGGAACGGGAGAGAGACAGAGACCGCAGCUCCUUUGACCUCUCUUCAAAGAAACACAAACACGAGCGAGGAGGUGGUCAUCGAGGAGACAGGAGGGAGAGGGAGAGGUCUCGGUCUUACGAAAGGGACAGAGAGAGGGAGCGUAGCCACAAGAGUAAACACCACAGCAGUAGUGGGCACUCAGGACAUAGCCGUCACCGGCGCUGAGACACACCCCAACAGACUAGCUCUGGGGCUGAUAGUCACUCAAAUUUUGUCAGUUUACUCAAAUCAAGUCAAAUCUGGCGUGUUCUCUGAUUACUGUUGAAUAGAGUUCCAUUAAAUGAAGUCAUCUUGCAAUCUUCAAAAGUUUAAGUAAAUAGCUGUGCUACAACUAAUAUGGAAGUAAACCAAAAUAUCUCCUGCCUGACGGAUGACAUAGCUGACAUGUCUUGGGGCUUGGAGACCAAGCAGCAGCUGUCGAAGCCAAAUGCAAAGAGAACAUGCUGGAUUUGAUUUCACUUUGGGUAUAUUAACAGCCUAAUAUCAACAGUUGGUUUUCUGGGUUCCUCACAUGCAUCGUGAAACUGACUAGUAUAAUUUACAAGAAUGUUGAUUCUCUUCAACCUUGAAUUUUGUUGGUGUAAGCCAAAUGACGAAACCUGUAGAAACAUGAAUUUUUUUCCUAAUGAAAACCUUUUAUUAAAGCUCUGACAUUGGAGGCAGUUAUGGAAACGCUGUUGAAAUCGCCUGAAUCCUGCACAUAGCUUUUGCAUGCUCAAAUGUCUUGGUGAUAGAACAUUCAUUGCUUUGACUCUCAUCUACACAGCACACCUGUAGCUGAUAUUUGGCAGAGGUGUAUGAUGUUUUGUUAGUGUAGAUUCAAAGUGUGCGUCUGAGGAACCCAGGCUGCAGCAGUAACUACCAGCAUGACGUGGACUGUUUGUAAGUUUACGAGUGUUGAGCCUUUUUUUUCCUCAUCUGGUCGGAUGUGAUCAGUGGUUGAAGGAAGGCAUCAAUGCAGAGUGACAUCAGUCCAGAACCUGUCAUCGUCUCCUCCAUCUAUAGGUUUUUCUUUAUUUUCCCAUUAUAUACCCCCUUCCCACACAUCUACCAGCCCUCUAGCCUACCCUUAUGUUUUUGGUUUUACAUGUAAAGUUAUGGACUUUGGGGGAAAAAAAAACUUAUUUACAGUGUAAAGAUGGGUUGAUAUCCACUGACAAAAUGUGAACGCUUUGAUUUAUAAAAGCAAACUGAUCAGUGGAAGGAUUGAAUGAAUAAAUGUAAAAUAAAAAACGAUCAUUCAGGAAAGAUCAAUAUGUUUGCACAUAAAGGGACUGGCAGGCAAGCAGUUUUUGUUUCCAUUGUCCUUUUUUCUUUUGGACGGUGUAUGUUGCUAAAGCUGUGUUUUGUACAGUUUCAGAAAAGCAAACUGGUUAUAUACAUAUGUUUUUUCUUUUCUUCUUUUUUUUUACAGCAGGGGAUGCAGACUUGAUUUCAAAACAUUUUAGGGUUGUCAAUUUGUUACACUGGUUUUUAGUCUGCACGUGUUCAUGUCCAAUCCAAUUUUUAUUCAAUAAUAAAUGAGUUAUGCCACUGAA